GGCAGCCCUGGCGCCAUGGAGGAGCCCGGGACUGCCUCUCCGCACUUGGGGCUAGUCCUGGCAAAGCUUGGCAGGGAGGCAGCAUUGCCGAAGACACGAGAAAAGAAAACCACCCAUAAUCCCUAUGGUUUUCUAUGGGAAUUGCUGACAUGUGCAACCAUUGUUGGAUUUUUGUGUGUGCUUUUUUUGUGGAUAAGUUUUUGUUGGGUUAGAAGCCGGCUUUAUGUGGAAAGGGAAAAGCAUGCUGUAGAACUUUGUACACUAAUGGAAGGAAACUGUAAACUGCUUGAAAAAUGUAGCCUCGUACAAAAAGAGUGUGAAAGCUUCGAGUCAUUAAAGGAUUCCAGCUUUGAGGAGGAGCUGACAGAAACUCAACGUGUGGAGGCAAUUUGUGAAAAGCUGAGCAAUUCCAAAUCUGAAUUUGAGGAUGAAAUAUUCUUUCUAGCAAAAGAGUUAAAGGAAGAGAAAUCAGAACAAGAUGAAUUGGUGGUGGAUAUUUCCAAAAGGAUACAGUCCUUAGAAGAUGAAUCAAAAUUACUCAAAUCACAAGUUGCUGAAGCCAGAACAACCUUCAAAAUAUUUCAAAUGAGUGAAGAACGACUUAAGAUAGCUAUAAAAGAUACUUUGAGUGAAAAUUCCCAACUUCAGGAAAGCCAGAAACAGCUUUUACAAGAAGCUGAAGAAUGGAAAGAACAAGUAAGUGAACUUAAUGAAGAGAAGAUAACAUUUGAAGACUCCAAAGUAUAUGCAAAACAAAUUUUAUGUGACAAAGAAUAUCAGAUCAAAUCUCUGACUGAAUACUUGCUAAAGAUGCAAGAUUGGACUGCAGUGCUUGGAGAAGAAGUAAGGGAUGAUAACUUGGAAUUGGAAAUGAGUGAUUCAGAAAAUAGUGCACUCUCACAUAAUCAACCAAAAGGAGAUUUGAAGAAGCUGAUUCAUACUGCUAAGUUAAAGGCUUAUUUAAAAACCCUAGAAGGAGAAAGAAACCAAAUAUACACCCAAUUAACUGAAGUAGAUAAAACAAAGGAAGAGCUUAUAGAGUGUAUUAAAAAUUUCCAGGCUGAACACACAUCUUUGCAGUUAGAAAAUGAACAUCUUGAAAAUGAGAAUCAAAAGCUUCAGCACAAACUUAAACUAAUGACUGAACUAUAUAAAGAAAAUGAAAUGAUACUUAACAGGAAGUUAACAGUAGAAGAAAAUUACUGGUUAGAGAAAGAGAAAAAACAUUCUAAAGGGGAUGAAAAGAUCACCCAUGCAGCCGAAGAUCUGGAUACCUAUAGAAUUAGAGCCAAAGAUCUUGAGGAAGAAUUAGAGAGAACCAUUCAUUCUUAUAAAGGGCAGAUUAUUUCCCAUGAAAGAAAAGCACAUGAUAAUUGGUUGGCAGCUUGGACUGCUGAGAGAAAUCUCAGUGAUUUAAAGAAAGAAAAUUCUUACCUCAGACAAAAAUUAAUGGAAACAGAGCAUAAAUGUGAACUUUUAGAAAAAGAUCUGUAUGCACUUGAUGCUCCAAGUACAGCAUUUGGCAGAGAGCAUUCCCCAUAUUGUCUGUCACCAUUGAGUCCACCUUCAUCUGAAACAAGAGCUUUUCUCUCCCUUCCAACUUUGUUGGAGGGCCCAGUCAGACUCUCACCUUUGCUUCCAGGGGUAAGGAGGAUAGACUUAAGAGGCCCAGGGAAUCCUCAGGACCAUCAGAUUACUAAUGAAAGAGGAGAAUCAAGCUCUGAUAAGUUAACUCAUCCUCAUGGGGAACCUUCUGACACUGGAUCCCUUUCAUCUCCAUGGGAACAGGAUCAUAGGAUGAUAAUUCCUCCAUCAGGCCAACCUUAUCCUGAUCCAGCUCUUCCUCUACAUAGGCAAGAAAGAUUUUAUUCUAAUAUUGGUAGACCAUCUGGACCGGCAGAACACAGAAGCUUUAAUAUGCCAUCAUUGGAUAAAGCAGAUGGGUCAAUGUCUUCCAAAAUGAAAUUCAGUGGAAAUGAUAGCAAAAAUGAUCUUGGUAACUUAAAUAUGCCUGAUGCGUCUCUCCCCACCAAAAGUAAAGCAACUGACCCUGGCUUUGUUCCUCCAAUCAGAGGUCCAUUGUUCCCAUUGGAUGCCAGGGGCACCUACGUGAGACAAGGUCAUCCUUUUCCUCUACAUCCAGGAAGCAUGUAUGGAGCUUCCUGUGAUUAUUUUCCUCCAACUGACUUUUCUGGCCCACCACCUCCUCCAUUUGCAAUGAGAAAUGUCUGUUCCUCAAGAGCUUUUCCUCAUUAUCUUCCCCCAAGAGCUGGAUUUUACCACCACAUCCUGAAAGAAGUAAGUACCCAUCAGGGUCGAUUCUGCCUUCAAGUGAGCCUAUUGCUGAAUGAACAACCCAAAACACAAGAGUCUUGACAAUAGUUUUGAUCUCCAAAAGUA